AGGGAAAACGAAAGUGAAAGCAGGGCCAGCUGUUUUUGUCAAAGCAGCAGACGGUAGCUCCGCCGUUUACCUUUCUACCCUUUCUCCUAAACAGAGAAGAGAAAAAGACUGUAUUUGACGGAUCUGUUCCCACGGGCAGCGGUCCUCCCCCCCCAUGGCGGACUCUCUGGUCCUGGAGGCCCUGUCGGCUCUCUCCGGCUGCUCCGUGGAGCGCGGGGCCUCGACGCUCACUCCGCAGGACUUCGUCAACAUCGUGGCCCUCAAGGAGUAUUACAAGCAGGAAGGCUUUAAAACCCUGGAGUAUCCCAGUUUGGGGUCUCUAUCCCUGCACGACCUGGACGGGGAGGACCUGUACAGCUCCCCCCCCGCUCUGACGGAAGGGCCCCAGGAGAGCCACAGGACCAAACUGAAGAUCAACCCCGAGGACUUCUUCCACCCGCAGUACGACUACGACUUCUCCAACAUCAAGGAUGGUAACAAGGCGUUCCUGCGGGGCGGGGAGCCGUACAUCCGGCCCUGCGGGUGGAAGCGCUUCGCCCUGCGGGUCACCAAGAAGUACGAUGACGACGUCUGGCUGGGGAAGGGGACAGACUCCUGGCCAGUCUCCUACCACGCAAAGAACAUGGACGGCUCCCUCGGCGUCAUCCUGUCCCACGGCGGAAACCCCGAAGACACGCCACAGUUUCUGGAUGCCGCCGCAGCCAGUCUGGUCACCGGGGAGACAAGGGGUCAAGGGGUGUACUCCACCCCAGAUAUCAAGAUGGCGGAGAAGUACUGCCGGAGGUUCAAGUCCAAAGUGGACGGGAAGACGUACAAAGUGGUUCUUCAGAACCGCAUCAACCCGGAGAAGAGAAAGGAGUGCCAGAGGGAGAACACCUGGCUGGUCUACGUCCCCAAAGACUGCAGCGAUGUGGAGAAGAGGGCCAUGGUGCAGGAGUCCAUCCGCCCGUACGGGCUGCUGCUGAGGCAGGCCUGACCCAGCUUAAACACACUUCUUUAUAGUUACCCUGGGAAUUCAUUUAACCUUGAGUGUUCUUAAAUACAAACUAAAAACCUCACAAAGAUGAUUCUCUCUCCCUCUGAAAUCAGGUUAAUGUUCCUGUGUGUUUGUUGUCUGUAGGAAGAGCCAACAAACCACUCCAGCCUUUAUUCUUAGGUUUUCUUUUUUCUUUUCUCAAAUGGCAACCAUACUUCACUGAGGGACUUCCUGCCUUAUUUGGUAGCCUUAUAAUUUGAACCUUAUGUAACACAACAGUGUUGCAAUUGAUCGGUGUAAUUACAAGAAAAUAAAAUGUUAAUGAACA